UAUCGAAAAAAUAUCAGAAAAUCCAUGUUGUCCAUUAUGUCACAAAGAUAUGUCCAAUAACGAGACUAUGGACCUUACUACUGAAUUAUCUGAUGAAAUACUACAUUUGCCAGAUAAUAUAAGACGAGCGGAAAAGAUUUUGAAAGAAAAUCAGUUAAAAUACGAAAACUUACUGCAGUUAAAGCCUGUCAUUGAAAAGGUCGCAAAGCUAGAAAAGGAUAUACCUAAACGCAAGAAACAGUUAAAUGAUAUUAAAGAUAAAUUGGCAGCAUGUGCUAUUGAAUUAGAUACUUUACAACAGCAAAUUGCAGAACCAACUGCAAAAAUGGAUUUGGCUAACUCAAUGUUAAGUGACAUGACUAUUUUGGAUGAAGCUAUUAAGGAUGUUGCACGUUUUAAAGAUGAACUACAUAAAUUAAAGACUAAAUUACCGAGUGACUAUAAUCCAGAUGAUACUGUUUCUAUAGAAAAUCUUCAAUUAGAAAAAACUACACUCUCGGCAGAAUUGGAAAAUGAACGAAAAAGUAUAGAAAAUAUGCAACAUUUAUACGAAAAAGUAAUGGAAUCUUUGAAUACCCUUCGCGAAAAAAAGAAUACGUUAAAAGACGAACAGAUAAAAUUACAGGAAGGUGUACAGUCUUUGCCACAAUUAAAAGAUAGACAAAUUGAACUUGUUAAUCUAGUUGAAACGGUUAAAAUCGAAUUACAACAAUCACAAGCGAAAGUUAAUCCUUUGGGACAGAAGCUUAAAACUGCUAUAGUUGAAAAAGCUAAAUGCAAAGAAUUGAAUCGGAAAAAGUUGCAACAACUACAGUCAAAGUUGGAAAAGCAUAAAAAUCUGAAUCAGGAUAUAAAAAGGUUAAAUAAUGAAUUGCUUGAAUUUGCGGAAAUGAAUCUUGUUGAAAAAAUUGAUUCAUUGAAGGAUUCCAUCAAAUCUAAUAAAGAAGAUAUUGCAACAAAGAGUCAACAAAUUAAAAACGCUAUGGAAUCAUUGGAAGCUCUUAAGACAGAACUUUUACAACAGGAAACUCUAGAACGUGACUUAAAAGACAAUAAGGAGCUUAAAUUAUUACAACAGAAAGAGAAAGAAUUAAAUGAGAAAAGUGAAAAACUUGCUAGAGAUUUGGGAGAACUGGAUUUUAACAGUGUAUCUCGCGAAAAGAAUAAACUUAUUAAAAAGCGAGAAGAUGCAGCUGUAAGAAAAGGAGAACUUCUUGGGCAAAUUGGUGAAAUCAAUAAUCAAAUUAAUAAAAUAAAAAAAGAAAUUGAAGAGCCAAAAUAUAAGGAUUCAUUUGUUAAUUAUCGCAAAGCAUACUAUGCAGUUGAAGUUACAAAGGCCCUGAUCCAAGAUUUGGGACAAUAUCGUGUUUCAUUGGAUUGGGCUCUUAUGCAAUUUCAUUUCGAAAAAAUGGAAAAAAUAAAUCAAUUAAUACGUGAAUAUUGGAGACUCAUCUAUAGAGGCAAUGAUAUUGAUUACAUACAAAUAAAAACAGAUGAAAUCUCUUCUGAUGCUUCAGCGGAUCGGCGACGUAGCUAUACUUAUAGCGUAGUGCAGUCAAAAAAUAGUAAUGAAAUUGAAAUGCGUGGACGUUGUAGUGCGGGUCAACGUGUGCUUGCUUCAUUGAUUAUCCGUAUGGCUUUAGCUGAGACUUUUAGUAGUAACUGCGGUGUGUUAGCAUUAGACGAACCUACAACAAAUUUGGAUCGUUUUAAUAUUGAUUCAUUAUGCCUUGCACUUAAUCGAAUUGUAGAAGAGCGCCAAGCUCAGUCUAAUUUUAUGUUGAUUAUAAUCACGCAUGAUGAGAAUUUUAUUUCCGCAUUGGGAAAAAUAGAUAGUUAUCAUCGAGUUUCUCGUAACCAUGAAUGUAAAUCUGAAAUACGUAAAGUUAAUAUAGCUUAAAGUGCAAUUAAGAAAAUAGUUGUGUUACAAUUGUACAAUCACAUUGCCGUUAAAAUUGUUUUUUUAUUA